AUGGCGAUCGAUCCCACAAAUUCCGCGGCUAAACUAAUCGGACAAAAUGUAGACUACUUUGAGAGAUGGACCAGCCUAGACAACGAUGAUGUAAAGGAAGAUCGGAUCAGACAACAAAGACGUGAAGAUCCUGUGGGAUCGAAUAGCAUUCGUUCGACAGAAUGCCUUGGGAUUAGCCAGAGAACCGAAAUCCGGCAAGAUGUAGACAACUUUGGCGUGACCCUGCUGAGCCGCCAAAUGAAGAGCAUUCGAGCCCAUACAGGUUUGUGCGUUCACAUCGACUCGUUUGCCGAGGAGGAAACGGACCAUAUUCGCCUAUGCAAGAAAGAAGCGAGAAUGUGGGUGAUCAUGGGAAAGCGUCAGGACAAAGCUGAUGAAAGCACCGCCUACCGAUCACCGACAGUAUAA